AUGUCGACGACCCAGAUCGCGCUCGACCGCAUCAACGCGGUGCUCAACGCGGCCGGUCUCGACGAUACCAUCUUCUCGCUCCGCGACGCCAACUCGUCUCUCUUCCUCCUUCUCUUCAAGAAGCUGUUUGCGCGGACCCUUCCGGGCGUGCAGGCCGCGCCGGUGGGCGAGCAGGAGCACGCCGCGAACUACGAGGUGCUGCUGCGGGCCAUCGGCGACGACGUCCUCGGCAUGGACCUCUCCCAUCUCUCGCCGACGCAGCUCGCCGCGGGAGAGCUCGCGCCGCUGUGCAACCUCGCCGAGAUCUUCUCCGAGCUGUGCGGCAUCCUCCUCGCCGACGAAGACGCCCUCCCUCCGCACCACCACAGUUCGCCGGAUGAGGGCCGCCUCGAAGACGGAGGGUACGGCGGAGGGCUCGGGGGUCCCAAGGCGUCGAUAGUGAGGCAGCAGGCAGCGGGGCUGCGGCGGGCGGAGCGGCGGCAGGUUGCGAUCGGGAGGAGCGCGGAGCGGAAUGCGGAGUGGAGCGAGCGCGUGCACGCGCUGCGGCGGGAGAGGGCGCACGACGACCUCGAGUAUCGCCGGCUGAGCGCGCAGGCGCUGGCGGCGGAGAAGGAGCGGCUGCGGCUUGAGCACUCCACGCGCGAGGAGGCGCGGCGGGCGGCGGCGGCGGCGCGGCGGCGCCGUCACGAGGCUCUCGACACCUUCUAUGCGGACCAGCUGGAGAUGCUGCACGGCGAGUUGGCGAGGGAGGAGGCUGGCCUCGCCUUGCGCGAGCGCGCCUCGCGCUCGCUCGAGCUCUCGAUCGACGCGGAGGCGCGGCGCGAGCAGCGCGCGCUGCUGCAGCAGCUGCACGACAGGCGAGGGGCUAGCCGGCUGGCCUAG